AUGUUCUUCUACAUUGUCUGCGCACUUUUCCUGCUCAACGCCUUCACGACUGAGGCACAACCGCAACGCCAUGUGAAGAUCAAGGAGGAGAGAUGUUCUGUCUCGGGCCCAAAGCACGCCGGCCAAUGCAGCAGUCCGGACUUCGCCCCAAUUGCCCACCAGUUCUGCGCCAAAACGUGUGGUCUUUGUUGA